AUGUAUUACAAUUUCAUGACGGUGCACCGUGAAGCAGCGGAUAAUUCCCAAGGUAAAAUUGAGAAUUCUGAAAGGCAGUUGUGGGCAUUGAUCCAUUUCAAAGGCCCAUUACACUCUGAUGUUCUAGUCUUGUAUCGCAACAUCAGGUCAAGUUAUGAGAGAGCAAUUCUCAGUAACCACACUCAUUCAGAACUUCAAGAGGUUGAAUACUGCUUGUGGAAGCUUCACUAUAAGCAUAUUGAUGAAUUUCGUAAAAUAAUUAAGAAAUGCUCUGGUAAUGCAGAGAACAAGAAAUCAGGAAUGUUGCAAGAUGGUGUUGUGCAGAUAAACAAUGAUCAUAAUGUACAAGCAUUUAACUCAUUUCUUUCUAAAGCUACUGAGUUUUACCAAACUCUGAUUGUAAAAGUCAGAAAACAUUAUGGAGUCCAAGAAGAGGCUUUGUUUUAUAACAAAGGUAUAUACAACAAUAUGAGAACCUUGAUACUCAAAAGCAUAAUUGGUCAAUUGCUGCCACACAUUACUUGGAAGCAACAAGGAUUUGGCCAGAUACUAGCUGUAUUGGCAACAUAUGUAGGGGAUGAUUUUCUUGCUUUGUACCACUGUGUGAGAAGUUUAGCUGUUAAAGAACCCUUUCCUGAUGCCUGGGAUAAUCUUAUCCUACUUUGUUUGGAGGAAUUUCCCAUUGCAUUGGCAUCUACUGUUGGAGUGUUAGAUGAAAUGAUGGAGCUAGAAGAUAUAAAACUAAAGACCAUGUUGGAGUCCUAUGGACAAAUGGAUUUAGCUAGAAAGGGUCCUUUCCGAGCCUUGCAAAUGGUUUCCAUGCUCAUAUUUACACUAAAGAAUCUAAUUGAUAAACACCAGACAAGUGAAUCAAAAGACUCUAGUGAUUGUCAUCAACUUGUGUUGAUACAGUUGGCAUUAGCUGCUGCGUUCGUUGUGGUGGGUCGUUUUAUUGAAAGAUGUUUGAAAUCCAGUCCUUUGAAUUAUUGCCCCUUAUUGCCCUCUGUACUUGUUUUCGUGGAAUGGUGUGCAAGCAUGCUUGAUGCAAUUGAAGUAUUUCUGACUGAUCCAAAGAGUGCAACAUCUAUUUCUUACUUUUUCGAUGUGCUUAUUGAACUUCUAAAUAAAGUAAAUGAAAAUAACAAGGAAACCAAGAAGCUUGUAGAUAGUAGCCCUCUUUGGGAAGACUAUGAAUUGAGGGGCUUUGUGUUAGUAAGUUUUUCACAUGACUUAUUCGAUUUCUCUAGUGGAUGGGAACACAUUGACAACUUUGAGAGUGGCACUGAAUUGCGUACUCAACGCAUUACUGAAGCAGCAAUGAAGAUUGCUAACAAAUACGGUGAUUUGAAUAAGUGGAUUAUAUGUGAUGAAUUAGAAAGAAAAUUUUAUUCUGCUAGAUCUGAUGAAAGUCAUGAGAAGAAAGAAACAGAUUUGGAGUCCCUCAACAAAAAGAAAAGUGGGGAUGACCUUAAUCCAAGUAGUGUCAGCAUUAAUGAAAAAUCUUACGUCGUGGAAGAAGAAGAAGAAGAAGUCAUUCUCUUCAGGCCUCUAGCAAGGUAUAAUUCGGCACCACCAUACGUAAUUUUAUCCCUUGCUGAGCAAAUGUCAUCAACUAAAGUUAAGGAGGAUAAAGUGCUAACUUCUGAUGAUUGUCUGUGUCGUACUACAUCUUUGCCCAUGGCACAAAAUCCAUUUCAAAUUGAUUCGUGGGGAUUUCAAGGUGACAUUUUGAAUUCAACGAUGAACGAAUCAUUCCAACUUCAAGAACCUUCAUUAAAGGGAUCAAAUUCACAUAGAUUUUCUGAAGGUCCAAUCUCUGCUGGUCAUCCUUCACUUAAUGCCUGGGUCCUCGAUAGAGGAGGGUUGAGCAACAAGUUGCACCCCAUUGAAGAACUAGCUUCUACAUGCUUGGUUGAUCUUUCUAUCAAUAGAACUCAAAAUUCACUGAUUAGUUCAGUGGAAGAGUUUCCAACCUUCCUACCCUCUUCUGCUACAUAUACCACUCCAAUUCCUUCUGCUCCAUUGUUUCCAGAUAAUGCUACUUGGUACACUAAUGUCACUGUACAAUCCAGUAUGCCUGCUCCGUUAUUGCCAGACAACGCAUUACCAAUAAAUGGUUAUGCAGCUUGGAGUUCUAUUCAUGGAUCCAUUCAUUAUGAUACUAGUUUUCCAUCUUAUUCCAAUGGAUAUCCGCCACCACCAGGUAAUAACACUUCAGAAUGGCUGCAUUGGUACAGAGAGAAUCCUUCACCUGAGUGGGUCAACAAUCAGACGCAGCUUGCUCAUUUGAAUGUUCCUAGAAAUCAUGAAAGCUUCCUCCAUCAUGACGCCCACAAGUUAAACCAAUUUGAUCAAUGGGGUAAUCACCUGUCUUCUAACCAGUACCCGUAUAUGAAGCCACUAGGUCCCCUUCCAUUGCAGCCAAGUUAUCCGUAUGCUUUUGGUGCUGGUGAGCACUUAAUCGAUCUCUUCCACAAUUUUCAACGACCAAUACCUUAUGGGUGUGGUUAUGUGACAGAACAAAUAAACGAGUCAUUGCCUCUGCUAGAGUACCUCAAGGAAAAAGAAUGUAGACUCCAGCAUGAUCCUACCCUCAAAGGGCCUACAUUCAUGGGAAAUUAG